AUGGUUGCGAAGAACACGACUGCAGAUGUAACAACUGCCAGCGUGAAAAUGGUAGUGGAUGUCGCGUAUCGUGAGAUGGAAAUUUGUCAUACACCAAUUGGAGGAUACAUGUCCAGCGCGACUGACUUUCCACAGCAAAAAGCAGCGGGAAACAAGGAAGUAAUGUAUGAAGAUAUGAAGAUUUCCUCUCAGAUGCAAAACAGUGAGCCAAAAAUACCAUCUGCAACUGAUAUCGAUUUUGCGGAGAUCGAUGCGACUGAGCUUGAAAUUGUAUCUGCAGCCAAUGCGCAAACUACCACUACAGUUGAUGAGCUAACCAGCUCAGUCAUGCAAAACACUGAACUGGAAAAUGAAUACGACCUUAAAGGCGACACGGUUUUCUUGUCCAAAGAUGUAGGUUCCUUAAUUCUCAAAUUUCUGCUUGAUUAA